AUGAAGGAAGGGACUAUUAAUCAUUCAUCUAAGCUCACUCACUCCAAUUCUCCCUACUCCUAUAAUUCUCUCCUUUUUUCUCGUUUCAUUAUAAGAAUGGAUGAAAUUGCGUCUCGAUCUUCGUAUUUCAUGGGUUCGACGAUGUUCUUCGAGGGUAUGGAAAAGACGAAAUGGACCCCGGAAGAGAAUAAACGGUUUGAAGAUGCAUUAGCUCUGUUCGAUAAAGAAACCCCCGACAGGUGGCAGAAUGUGGCGCGAUUGAUUCCGGGGAAAAGUGUGAGUGAUGUGAUGCAUCAGUAUAGAAAACUGGAAGAAGAUAUUAGUGAGAUUGAAGCAGGGGUGUUGGUUGUGCCUGGGUAUAGUUGUAGUGAUGCUAAUGCUAUGACACUUGAAUGGGUGGUGGAUAAUCACCCUCAGUUUUAUAGUCAUGGAGGAAAGAGAAGUAGGCUUCCUGAUCAGGAAAAGAAAAAAGGAAUUCCGUGGACAGAAGAAGACACAGGGGAUUGGAGAAAUAUCUCACGCAAUUUUGUGACAACAAGAACACCUACCCAAGUUGCUAGUCAUGCUCAAAAGUACUUCAUUCGCCAGCUGUCAGGAGGCAAAGAUAAAAGAAGGUCAAGCAUUCACGACAUCACCACAGUGCACCUUAACGACCCUACAAAGUUACCGGAAAAUGACACAUGUCCAAAACCAGCUGAAUGCACCACCAUGGUAACACCACCACCAAAACCUCACCACCACCACCACCCCACCACAAACCACCAUAUGGAAAAAGCAUUGUACCAAUGGAGCCACCCUAAUGGCGGUGGUAUAAUGAUGGCACCACUUCACGGAAGCUCAUCGUAUGGGCCUCAGUAUGGACACUUGGGUACGGUUUUUCAAGGGAACUAUUAA